AUUGUCCUUGUUCUCUCCCUUCCUCUCUCUCUCCUUCUUUCUUUGACUGUUUCUUUUCUUUUCUUUUUUUUUCUUUUUCUGUCUUUCUCCCUUCUUUUUCUUCAUGUACUUUAUUAUUAAGCUUUAUUUAUUGUUCAUAUUUUAUUAUUGCUCUACAUUAGCCUAUGAUUCAGAUAAUAACAGCAACAAUGAUCAGGACAUUACACAAUACUCAACUGAAGAAGCACCACAAGCACAAGGCGUUUUCGACUAUAAAAAGAUAUUUACAAAACCACCCAACAUUACCAACAUAAAUAAUGUUCAACUUAAAGUGUUUUGCGAGAUUGACACUGCUUUUUGUGUCAAGGUGAAUCAAGCCUUCAUCAAUGCAGCCACUCAAUUGACUCAAGUUGUUUUAUUACAAAAUGCAAUUACAUUUCAAGCUUCAUAUUACAGUUUUUGCAUCAGACAUUGUUCUAAUUAUACCUAUGGCUGGGGAGUACCCAGUUCACAGUUUAAUUUAUUGUCAUUAAGCACAGCAGACGAUAAUUUUAUUUAUCCACAAUCUUUAGCAAAGCAACUUGCCCAGGUCACCAACAGCUCACAUUGGGCAUCUGAUUAUGACGUCUCUAUCGAUAUUAAUCACGAUAUCUAUAUGAAUGGUAUAGUGGAUGACAGCAAUUGGAACGGCACAGGCGUGCCGUCUAUUGGAGGAUAUUACUUUAGGAACGAUUCAUCAAUCUAUGAUAAUCAAGUCGAUAUCGAAUACGUCAUUUUGCACCAGAUGGUACAUGGCCUUGGCAUGAUCAGUUCAUGGGCACCAUACUUUUAUGAUAGUGCCUCACCCUUUCAUCUGCUGUUGAAGGAUAUGGUCGAGUCGGAAGACAAUCUGAAGUUGAUAACACCCAAUCCAUACUGGACAGUCAACCAUGAUGGUGGACCUGUGUAUAUAUCCAAGUUUCAAUACAACUUAAUCUUUGACAGGUUCUUGACCCUUCGAUAUCCAGAGACCAACAUCACAGACGCGCUAUGGGAGGUUGGAUUUGACAUGCAAUCAUUUUGUAUGCCUGAAGAUGAAGCUUUUAUUGUCAAUUUUAUAGAGACAUUUUUGAGCAAUGACACAGUGGCAGAGAAGGCUGCGGAUAUGUUUACAGCCAUGUCAACACCACAGACACUUCGAUUUGAUUUCACUAAUCUAACAUAUCCUCAAAGCGUGUUCAACAAGGAUCCUUAUCUUAAUCAAACCUAUCGAUACAUGCAGCUUUAUACAGGAUCCAAUGCGACUCUCAACAAGGGAGAUUACUAUAGACCUGGUAUUUGGCAUGCGCACUUGGAUGAUGCAUACAUUGGUACACCUGAUUUUUUGAUGACUCGUGAAUAUAAGUUGGGCAAAAGUUUAUCAUCCUUGGUAAAUGAUGCCUAUGCAAACAUUUCAAUCAAGUACAAUAUGACACGGCCUGUCAAUGUCACGACAACAUCUGUUCAUAAUGUGACAACGGUGGUGAACGGUACGAAUCAUACAGUGUCUGUAAACAGUACAUCGAACAAGACGAUGCAACAAGAAGUAACCUUACUCUAUAAAUCGCCGAUUGGGCCUGGUAUCUUGAGAAUCUUGGAAGCACUUGGAUAUAGCACCGUACUGACCAAUACGAAUUACACGGCAGCUGUGAUAAAAACAAAUAGGACGAGCGGAACAUGUGAAUCAGAUAGUAAUAAUGUGCCUACACAAUCUGAUGAUUCAACUCAAAUGAACGGUGCGAUGUAUAGUUCUAAUAUGAAUGAUGCCAUGAGUAAUAUUGAUCUCAAUCUGGUGUUGAUUCAUUUAUGUAUAAUGACUAUUACAUUCAUUGUGUUUUAGUCAAGUAUACAUCUUGUUGUUGUAUAUAAACGAUACAUGUAAAUACAUUUAAAGGGGAAUACAUUAUUUAUCAUUUGUAUGUAUGUAAAUAAGUUAUAGAAUAAAAAGGAGAAAUCAAAAUGCA